GUGGAUGGAUAAAAGGAUGGGUGGGUGGGUGGAUGGAUGGAUGGAUGAUGAACAAAUGGAGAAUGAAUGAAUGAAUGAAUCAGUGUGCACACCAACUAUGGGACCCCUGCAAGAACCAGGGAGGGCACCCCCACAGGAGCUGAGGGUUUGAUUGGCUCAGCAUGCUGCACCUGCUGCCCAGGUGGGAACAACAGUGACAACUUCUCCAUCACUCGUCACUGGCGGCGACAUCCAUGGAAACGGACCAUUGGGGAGCACACAGAACUGACAGGGGCCCAGAGUGAUCUGAGGUGCCUUUACUUCCCUUGGUGCUGCACAGACCUAGGACCCCAGAACGUCAUCCAGAGGAAGAGGGUCUGCUGCGGGAGAUGGGGGCCCCUUCCCCUGGUUCUGCUGGCAGGUGCUGUUCACAAGGGUGAACUGGGUGAUCCAGGGUUGCGAGUCCACCACGAAAGUGCAGCUCACCUGGAAACAGGAACCGUAAGACAUAAAAUCAGACCAACGUAGCAGUGAGAGCACGUGGCGUGGAGGACUUCACAGGUGCCCGGAUGGGUUAAAAGCUAAAGAGGGAGGAAAAGCAGAAUCCAGCGGCGGCCUGGGGCCGGGCUCGGGAGCUCAGGUCUCCACCUGGGUGAUGGGCGGGGGUGCUGAAUCCGCCCGUCGUGGAUGGGGGCUCCCCAGAGGGUGCCUGGUGGGGCCAUUGCCUGUCCCCCAGGUCCCCCCACCCACCAUGAUGCUGUAUGAAGGGCCUCUGCCUGUGGGCUCGGGGAGCCGGCAGACUGCCCAGGAGAGGGUCCAGAUGGCGCCCCCCCACCUGGGAGUGGCUGCAGACCCACCCCAAGGGGAGGCUGCCCCCCAGGCUGGGAUCAGGGGACACCAGCCCCCCGGAGGGCAUCCCCCUGACUGAGGCCCACGCCCACGGUCCCAGUCCAAUGGACCAGACGUCAGCUCGUAGGAUGACGACAGGAGGACUGGCUGAGCUGGGCUUGUCCUCGCAGCCCAGGGACCCGGGGGAGAGGUGGGGUGACCAGCGAGCUGAACAGUCCUCCUGUCCGGAGGAAUCGGAGCAAAGGAGAGAGGGGCGCACGGCAAGAGCAGUGUCUCCAGGACCUGAGCCUCAGGGAGCAGGAAGCUGGGACAGGAAGAGCUCCCCCAGGGAGGAGGAGCACGUCGGAGGGGGGUUUCUGGGGGUCUCUGGGGAGCCAGCCAGGCUGUGCUGGGCACAGCGGUGACCGUGCAGAGUGACCGCCUCUCCCAUCUGCAGGAGCCCAGGGGCCCGGUGGAGAGGGUCAUCCCUGCGACCUUCCCGAGCCCCCCAUAGGCCGUCCUUGAUGCAGCUUCGCUGUCAGAAGCCUCGUGAAGAUUUGGGCUGAUUUAUUCUCACACCGUCUUCUCUCCCGGGCCUUCCUGCAGGGGACAGUUGUCAAUGUCUUCGUCAUGUUUUCUACAAAUCGUGCGGCCCAGCUUCAGGUCCAUUAAAUAUGUCCAGCUAAGCUUCUGUAAAGAAGAGAUUGUAGAAACGCCUGUGAAAUUCUUUGCGAUAGUGAGAAAAACACAGAGAAGCAAACAGGAAAUGGGCGGUAGGCUCGAAGAUGUCCCUGAGGGCACCUCCAGCAGCCUGGCCUCUCCGCUGCACUCCCCCUGACGGCCGGCUCCAGGACCCCCAGCACCAGUGCCAGAUAGGUGAGGAACACUCGGGAAGAACCCAAACACCGUGAGGAAGGCAGCCAGAAAGCUCCGCAGGCAGGAGCAGCCCUCCCUGCAGAAAGCUGGCUUCGUUCGGGGCCCAGGGAUCCCUGCAGCGGAGGCCCCCGGCCACACCCCGGCCCACCCCGCACGCCCGCACGUCCUGGCCUUCCGGGCCUUCCUAGGCUGCUUCGGGAAUUCCGAAGGUGAUGGGUUCCCAGGCAUCUUCUGGUCCCUGCCCUACUCCAUGGUCUUGCAAGUUGGGACCAGGGACCAGGGACCAGCUCCCACACCCUGCUCUCCGCUGGCCCCAGGCUGCCGCCCCCGCACCCACAGCGUCCAGAGAGGUGCCGGCCGGAGCUCUGUGGGAUCUCUCCCUUCUAACGCUACCUCGUAUUUUUAGACAUCACUCACCUUGCUUUUCCCUGCAGACCACGGGUGCGCCCUCCAGGCUUGGUUUCAGGGGGAUGGUGGAGCCACAGGGGAGCCCCCCACCCCUCACCCACACACCCCUAACCCGCACCCCCACCCACUCCCCUGCGCCCCUCACCUUGCGCUGGCUCCUCCCCACCCACAUCAGCUUGUAAGCGUACUCAUCAGGAUGGUGCUCGUUGAAGUGAAACACAGCGAAUUCCACACACAUGCUGAAGAAAUUCGUGCUCUUACUAACAUCCUCGAAGUCCCAGCUGCCAACAUGCAGCCCCAGCACCAGGAGCCCCAGCAGCACAGGCUCCCUCGGGAACAUGCUGUCCGUCUGGCGACAGCCUGGAGGCCCGCAGCGCCCGGCUGGGGUGGCAGUGACGGCUAGCCCUGCCCAGCUCCCCGCCCCUGCACUGCUGCCCGGCCCCUCCUCUGCGUCCCUGCCCGCCCUGCUGUCACCACCAGACUGAGGGCAGAGUGAGAGGCACGACUCCCACCACUUGUUUGGGAAGCCUGGGCCCAGGGACAUGUGUGCAGUGGCUCUGUCCCCAGAGGGGCCUGGGUGAGGGUCUCCUUGCGCUGCCCCCUCGGCAGCGCAUCCCGGGACUGGUGGAACCGCGGGGACACUUAGUACUGAUGGGCCCCAAGUCCUGGGGAGCAGAGGGCAGCCCUGGUCUCCCUCUGACCUUGGCCGUGGCCUGUGACCUCAGGGAGCACCAGGAGGGUGCAGUGAGGGGGGCCACGGGCUGGGGGCCCACCGUCCCCACCACCCCUGGCCCUGCUGUCCGUCUUCCCAGGAGGCCUGGCCGUGCUUGGCACCUGGGAGGGGGGCACAAGGGGGAAGUCACCCCAAGGCAGGGGCUCUGCGGGACUGGACGUGAGCCCCAGCCACAGGCAGGAGAGGGGUCGGGGCUGGGGAAGUCGGGCCCCGCCAGCCCGGCUGACGUGCGUUCAUGCAGCUCUGCCAUCUGAGGUCCUGUGGCCACUGCCAUGUGGCUCCAUCACUCUCUCCUCUCAGGACCCAUGAUGCUGAAGUGCCCAGCCUGGGACGCGUACACGGCCUGGGAGCCGGGAGGCCAGGAAGGGCAGGCACAAGGAGGGCGCAGGGACCUGCUUCGGGGGUGUCCAUGCCAGACUGUCCUGCCCCACAGCCCAGGUGGGAACAACAGUGACAACUUCUCCAUCACUCGUCACUGGCGGCGACAUCCAUGGAAACGGACCAUUGGGGAGCACACAGAACUGACAGGGGCCCAGAGUGAUCUGAGGUGCCUUUACUUCCCUUGGUGCUGCACAGACCUAGGACCCCGGAACGUCAUCCAGAGGAAGAGGGUCUGCUGCGGGAGAUGGGGGCCCCUUCCCCCUGGUUCUGCUGGCAGGUGCUGUUCACAAGGGUGAACUGGGUGAUCCAGGGUUGCGAGUCCACCACGAAAGUGCAGCUCACCUGGAAACAGGAACCGUAAGACAUAAAAUCAGACCAACGUAGCAGUGAGAGCACGUGGCGUGGAGGACUUCACAGGUGCCCGGAUGGGUUAAAAGCUAAAGAGGGAGGAAAAGCAGAAUCCAGCGGCGGCCUGGGGCCGGGCUCGGGAGCUCAGGUCUCCACUGGGUGAUGGGCGGGGGUGCUGAAUCCGCCCGUCGUGGAUGGGGGCUCCCCAGAGGGUGCCUGGUGGGGCCAUUGCCUGUCCCCCAGGUCCCCCCACCCACCAUGAUGCUGUAUGAAGGGCCUCUGCCUGUGGGCUCGGGGAGCCGGCAGACUGCCCAGGAGAGGGUCCAGAUGGCGCCCCCCCACCUGGGAGUGGCUGCAGACCCACCCCAAGGGGAGGCUGCCCCCCAGGCUGGGAUCAGGGGACACCAGCCCCCCGGAGGGCGUCCCCCUGACUGAGGCCCACGCCCACGGUCCCAGUCCAAUGGACCAGACGUCAGCUCGUAGGAUGACGACAGGAGGACUGGCUGAGCUGGGCUUGUCCUCGCAGCCCAGGGACCCGGGGGAGAGGUGGGGUGACCAGCGAACCUAGCCGUACUCUGGUCCUCUGGUCCUCCGGUCCUCCGUUCCUCCCCGGCAUUCUGCCCCAGGGUCACCCCUGUGACUUUCCUAAGCCCCCUCGCAUAGAAAAUGCUUAAGUUGGUCUCUGCCCGGGUUCCUGGUGUAGAGCUCCCGAGCCUCUCGUGAACUCCUAACUGGUGAACCCACCAGGAGCACCUCCUGUCCUGCUGAGGUGACCCUGCUGGGCUCCUGGGUGGGGGCUGCUCACCAGGAGGACCAAGGCAUCUUUAGAAGCUUGGGAUUCUCAGCCCCGCCCUCAUCCUCCGGAGAGGGGCGGCGGCUGGAGACAGAGUUGAUGCUUGAUCAUGCCCAUGUGAUGAAGCCUCCGCAAAAUUCCCAAAGCAAAGGGUGUGGAGAGAUUCCAGGCUGGUGGACACAUCCACACUGGGCGACGCCGCCCCCCCAGCUCCAUGGGCCAGGAGCCCCUGUGCUCGGGACCCCCAGACCUCACCCCGGGCACCUCUGCACCUGGCUGCGCCUCUGUGUCCGGGUCACACCCUGAGCCUCCUUCCCUGAGCUUGAGCCGGACUAGCAAACUCAUCACACCUGAAGAGCGGGGUGGCAAUCUCCCAGGUGUAGCAAGUUGGCCAGAAGCUGUGGGCCCCUGGGGGCAUGCUGCUCGCAUCCGGCACCUGCAAGUGGGGAGCGGUGUCGGGGGCUGAGCCCCUAACCCGUGAGAUCUGACAUCACCUCCGGGUGGACACCCGGUGUCCCAGAGAAUUAUUUUCUGUGAAAAACCCCCACAUACGUGGUGACCAGAAGGGCCAGGAGCAAGGCGUCCUGUGUGGGGAGAACAGGACGCACGCGGGGGCGGCAGGUUCUCCCACACACUCUCCCGCGUGUUAUGCUUCACUGUCCGAAGAUUCAGGGAGCUUUGCGCUGAUUUAUUCUCAAACCUUCUCUCCCGGGCCUUCUUGCAGGGGACAGUGGCCGAGGUCUUCAGCACGUUUUCUACAAAUUGUCUGGCCCAGCUCUAGGUCCAUUAAAAAUAUCACUGUCCAACUCUGUCGAGGAAUCAUGAAGCAGCUGCUACGUUUGCUUUCCGGGAAUGAAAAAAGGCAGAGAACCAAGUAGAAAAGUGGGCAGAAGACGAGACGAGGUGCGGAGACCCAGGCAUGUCAAACAGAGGUGACCCGCCCACCGUGACUGGGAUGUGAACCCAGACGAUCUGCCCCGAGGGCCUUGGAGUCAGUGCCAGAGGCAGAGGGGCAGCGGCAGGGAGGCUGGUCUUUGCAGGAGACACCCGAAGGUGCAGCCCGGGGUGGGGGGCGGCGCUCAGAAGGAGGUUCCAGAGCAGAGGACCCUGCAGGAGAGUCCGGGAGGUGAGUGAAUUCUCACAAAGUGAAGCUGGGGAGCAGCCUCACCAGAGGGGAGCCGGGUCUGAGCGGAGGCAGGUGUGGGGGCACCUGGGCAGGGAUCCCCUAGCUGACACCCAGACUCCCCUGGCCCGGCCAUCCCAGGCUGGCCCCCGACCCACCAAAUGAAGCCCAGCCAAAGUCCCGAGGCUGCCUCCAGGGCGGGAACUGUGGCUUCCAGAAAGAUCCGUGAUACUGUGACACCCUCCUCUCACCACCAGGCAGGGAUGUCCCCAGCUCAGGGGCAGCCACCUGACUGCUUCCCUGUGCUCUGAGCCCCAGGCGUGCGCUGUUCUGCUGGCUGGAGGGGCAGUGUCUACGGGCUUGAGGACAUGCAUUUGGACCACAGGAACCCAUCAGCAGGGCAGCUGCCAGGGGGACCAGCCAGUGCCACCUCCUUGCAUGCCGGUCCCCCAGAAAGGAGAGUCCGGCCGUCAGGGGACACCUUCCAGCAGGGCACGUCUGAGUGGGACUUUGUGAGGAAUUUGCAGCAACCAGGCAGAACCGCGGGGUCAGACCUCAGAGCAGGACGAGUGAGGCGACAUGCGGGCGCGUCUGCGGAGGCGUGAACAUGCUUCGUGCUGUGAGUGUGGAGAAGGGGCCUUAAUGCAGGCCCACGCCAGUGGGCGUGACUGGGGAUCUAUGCCCCCUGAGAGUUAUAGGCCCGACUCUACGCAGAUGUUACUGAACGCGAAAUGCCAUUGUUGAGGCAGAUUUUGAAAUCCGGGGCAGAAUGCUGAAGUCCUCGGAGCAGGUGAAGGCACUACGAGGUAGAAAACAGCUCGCCGCCUGUGGAGAAGUGAAUCGAUAGGGGCAGAGGGCAGGGGUCAGGCUAAAGGGAGGGGGUCUCGGGUCUGACUCUCCCUGCACUCCAGCCGGGUGACCAGACGAGGCUGGGCUGGGGCUGUUCUGGGUAGAGACAGAACCUGGGUGGGAGGGACGCCAGGGGGGUCCACAUGCCUCAGCCGAAAGAAACCAGGGAAUUCCCGGAAAGAAGAAACCUUGUGCUAUUACGACAGGCAGAAAAGCCCCCGUCCUCACCACCCCAGCCCCUCGCCCGGAACCUGCGAAUAGGCCGCUGCGAAGGGAAAGGGGGCUUUGCAGGUGGGACUAAGUUAACGGUCCCAAGGUGGGAGACCAUCCUCUGUCAUUGCAGGGAGGUGGGCCGGACGUCAUCACCAGGGUCCUUAUGAGAAGGAGGUGGAGGGUCAGAGAGGGGCUGGAAGGCCCCCUGCUGGCUGUGAGGAUGGAGGAGGGGGCCAUGGGCUGAGCAGAGGCCUCUGGAAGCGGGAAGACUGAGGUUCUCCUUGAGGGCCUGUGGAAGGAAGGCAGCGCUGCCCACACCUGGGUUUUAGGAUUUCUGAUCUCCAGGGCAGUGAGAUUUUUUUUAAAAAUGUGCUAUCAAGUGGUAUUUUUCUUUCUCUGUGUGACUUACUUCACUUAGAAUGAUAAUCUCCAGGUCCAACUAUGUUGCUGCAAAUGGCAUUAUUUUAUUCCUUUUUUAUGGCUGAGUAGUAUUCCAUCGUAUAAACAUACCACAUUUUCUUUAUCCAGUCAUCUGUUGAUGGACAUUUAGGUUGUUUCCAUGUCUGGGAAACAGUUGUAAAUAGUGCUGCUAUGAACAUUGGGGUGCAGGUGUCUUUUUGAAGUAGGGUUCCUUCUGGAUAUAUGCCCAGGAGUGGGAUUACCGGGUCAUACGGUAAGUCUAUUUUUAGUCUUUUGAGGAAUCUCCAUGCUGUUUUCCACAAUAGCUUCACCAAACCAUAUGUGGAAUCUAAAAAAAAAAAAGACAAAUGAACUUAUAUAUAUAAACUUAUAUAUAAAAUAGAAACAGACACACAGACAUAGAAUACCGACUUGUGGCUGCCAGCGGGGAGGAGGUAGGUGGGAAGGGAUAAACUGGGAGUCUGAGAUUUGCAGAUACUGACUGGUAUGUAUAAAACAGAUACACAAGUUUAUACUGUGCAGCACAGGGAACUAUAUUCAACAUCUUGCAGUAGCUCACGGGGAAAACGAGUGUGAAGAUGAAUACAUGUAUGUGCGUGUGCGACCGAGGCACUGUGCUGCGCACCAGAAACUGACACAACGCUGAAAAGUGACUGUAACUCAAUUUUUAAACAAAAGAAAAAAAUCAAAACCAAACAAACAAAAAAACCCCAAAACAUGUUCUGUUUGAAGCCACCACGCGUGGUAACUUGUUCCCACAGCCGCAAGACGCCAACGAGCUGCCAGGAGAGGGCAGGCUCCCGCAGGGGCCGGGGGAGAGCUGGGGAGGGACCCGCACUGCAGUCGGCUCCAGACUUCGCAGGGCCCAGGGCUCUGUGGCCAGAGCUCCCCGUCCCUCUCCUUCUUCCUCUUCUGGCUCCUCUUCUGGCUCCAGGGGGCCUAGGAGCCACGAGGUGAGAUGGGGAGGCAGCAGACAGAGAAUGGAUGGGAGACAGAAGGAGAAGCUGUCUGCCCCGCUGCCCACCCGCAGCCCCAGGAGGGAGAAGAGCAGCUCGAGACACCGUCUAAGCUCCGAGCAUCUGAAGAGACGGACACCUGGAUUCUGGACUGAGGCUGAGCGUUGUCCCAGUGCCACAGAGGGUCCACCCUCAGGGACGGUGGGACGUGAACACAGAGCGUCAUGACUACACCCGCAGGUUCCCAUUCGGGGCCCACCCUCCGUUUUCUGGGGAGCACAGAUCUCCGGGGCGGGGCAGACACCUCCCACGGGGGCAGGCAGACGACGCCCAGGUCUGAGUAGUGGGUGUGAAUGCAGAUCUGGACCGGGGAGGGGAGCGUAGGUGUCCCCCCGCCCCGGGCUGGCUUAAAUCCGGCCGAGCAGAGCGGCCAGCACACUGACCAGCUCUGGCAGCCCAAGGAAGAGGCCCCCCGCCCAGCGACAAUGGCCAGAGCCCCGCAGGGCCCCCGACUGCUGCUGGCCAUCGUGGGGGCUCUGGUGGCCCUCACCUACCAAACAAGAAGGAAGACCUUCAUCAGUGUCCGGGAGGUGCCUGCGUCGGCGUCCGUCGUGGUGACCACCCUGGACUACGUGACCAAGGAGUUCAACAAGAAGAGUGAGGACAAGUACAACUUCCGGGUCGUGCGGGUCCCCAAGGUUGUGCAGAAGCUGACCGACCACAUGGAGUACCACAUCGACGUGGAGAUGCGCAGGACCGUCUGCUUCAAGUCGGAGGCCAACAACUGCAGCUUUCAGGACGGGGAGCUCUACAAGAAAAUCGAUUGCUUCUUCUCAGUGUCUGUUUUGCCCUGGUUUGAAAAGUAUAAACUUCUGACCAAAAACUGCACCGAUGGCUAGAGGUCCCAGCGCACAUCCGGCAGUCACUGAGUGUGAAAGAACCCGACGUCGACUGCCGCGCUCCGUGUGGAAAAUAAAUGCUGGUCAACCUCUUCUCCUA